CAUAGACAAACGCGCGUUUCGAAGCCUCUGGAAACCGCGCCUUCGCCGUUGUUAUAAAUACCGAUCCGAUUCGAACUGUAUCUUCACACAAUCACAUUCUUGUCUUUCUCUUUGAUUUUUUUCCUCUCAAAUUCACCCAAUUUCUCAGCUGUUCAGAGCUCCAAUUUUUUAAUUGGUUCUCUUUUUGGGAUUCCGGUUCACCGCCGCCGCAGGCUUGCGUGUUUGCUGACUGAACGAAGUUCGUUAUUCUAUUAACAAAGUUUUCUGUAGUUCGUAAAUUCUUGUUUUCUUAUCAUCUUUUGGUGGGGUAUGGUUGGAUCUUUGUUUGAUUUUGUUUUCUUAACUUAGGCAAUGUGAUAUGCAUUUGCCUCUGAUUUAAAGAUUAUUGUUUGGUUCUCUCUUUUUUAUUUUUUUUGGCAAUUUUAUCUCGAAAUUGAUUGAGAUUUGGGAUCUUAUACCUUCUGGUUUAGUUCAGCUUGUUGUGAGUGGUUCUCGAUUGUGUUCUUGUUCCCUUUGCAACUACAAUUCUGGAGGUAUAUGGUCCCAAAUUUUUGUGCUCUUUUAUUUCCAUGCCAUUAUUAUAAUUGAAAUUCUCGUAGCUAAGUGCGUUUUGGGCCGUUUGGUUGUUUGCGAAUUAUUGGUCUUGGUGAUGUUCUUUCGCUAGGAUUGUCUUAGAUUUCUUUCAUAGUAAUAGAAAUGGCUAAAGUUGAUUAUUUGCGGUGUUUUGAUUUGAUUGGUGCAUCUUGUUAUGGUGAAGUUUUUGUAUGCCUUAGAUACAGUUUGGUUAUGUGUUGAUUUUUUUGUAGGAUAGGGUUUUGUGUAUAGUAGCUAAGAGCUAGAUAGAUGUCUGUAGAAGUUCCCUAGCUCCAGGAUUAUUGAAGACUUUGACGAUUAUUUUUAAAAUUGUUGAACGGGAGUAACGCUCAUGACUGGUGUUCUAUUCUUGAUCAUAAUUUUGAGCCCUUGAAUUCUCUUCGAUUUGAAGUAUCAUGUUUAAGAUGCUUUAUUUUCCUAGUUAGGGUGAUCGUAUCCAUUCUGCGGCCUUUAUGAGUUUCCCCUUCGCCCCUCAACCCAAUAACGAAAGAUAUGUUUCUUAGAGGUUACUGCUAUGUAGUAUAAUAUUCAUGGAAGCUGCUUCUAGGAUUUUGAAUUUCAUUCGAAAUGGAUUGUUGCUUGCAUGAUUUGACGAAUGGGAAUUUGAAUACGAACCCCCUUGUCCCAUGCGCUGCUUGCACACAUGAGUGAAGUUAGGAACUUAAGUUAAAUCAGAGAAAUUUUAGGUUCAGUAAUUUUUACAUUGACGCUGCUAUUGGUGCUUUAUAUAUUAAACACGAAAGAAAAUGGUGGCUUUUUUGUUUGAUAGCUGUACAGAAUCAUGGGGUUUACUACUUCAGUGCACGAGAUGACGUCCAAAUUGAAACAACAAGCUGUGGUUUAUGUAUUUGGAUGUUCUUUACCAUAUUCUCUGCCUUUCUCUUAACUUGGUCACUGCUGAUACCUUGUGAAAACAACCUAGCCACCUUCAUAACAUUGGAUAUUAUUGCCGGGCUUUUGAUAACCUAGAAUCAUUUUUAUUUGUUUAUUUUAAUUUAAAAAAUCUAAUUAUGAGCAGUAGGGAGCUGAUGGUAGCCACAUCAUCUUAUCAACGUGCUUAAGAAACUUCAGACUUGGAAGAAUUAUAAUGAAUAAUUACAAAUAAAGUUUAGAUAGACGCUUCUGGGUGGUGUUGAAUGUCGGAUUCUUGUCUUGACCCUUUCUAAAUCUGGAGUAUAUCUUUGAAGUUCUGGACAUGUUUUUGCUUUUUCAACGUGUUCGUGAUGAAGUCUUGAUUAUCCUCGGACACUCAGUGACCAUAAGGAUUCUAGGUGGAUCAUGGUAGCAAGAUUGCAAGAGCUGUAGGUGCAGUUUUUAGUGCGUUAUGUUCAGUUGGCUGGAUAGCCACGGGUACAUAUAAUCUAUUCCUCCAGUUGUAAGAUCAGCUACGCAAAUUGUGCCAUUCACCCUAGAAGCUAAAAGUUCAGAUUCCUCUCAUUUUAUCAGUUCUCCUUCUCUCUCCAGCGAACCUUUUGCUUCCUCUUGCAUCUUGCUCUCUGGAACAAUUUUCAUUACGCUAGCAGCUGCUGGGUACGACCACCUUGAAGAAGAGCUGUAGAAUCCUUUUUGCUAUUUUGGGAAGAUGGUUUUCUUUUUGGUUUGGUUCUCAGUAUUAUGGAAAUGAAGGACCCGGAUAAAUGCAAAAUACCAUGUGAUGAUGGAAAAUUUAUUGGCUUUCAGAGAAAUAAUAGAUGGGUAAGUUGGGUUUUUGAAGGAAACUGAAUGCGGAGAUACAAUUUGAGGUUGAUGCAUCCACUGUUUGACUCAGUUUAGUGGGAAUUGCAUCCGGAGUCUUCAACAAAUCAAGUGAUCAUGAUGUGCAAAUGGUCACUAUUCAAAGCUGGAGGCUCUGGAGUCCCCCAGUGCUGCGUUGUAGUUAUUAUAUGGGUUCCUAAAACUCUUCUUUUUUGGAUGAACUCUCCUCAUGGAGUUCUGAUGAUUGGAGCUGUACAACGUUUCUUGGAUAAUUUGUUGCUGAUGUGCUGUGAUCUGCAGCUGUAUAGAAGAAAGCAACAGUGUCAUGGCCUGUUUGACGGUGAAUAACAUGCCUUUUCUGGCUUUAGGAUCAUUGCUAAAGUCCUUCCUAUAUGCAGGUGCUUUAAGCUUCUAUCCAGAUUCAACCAUUGUCCUGCAUUGGAAGAUAUUAUUUUUCCAUGGCAGAGGUUGCAACUUACUCAAAGCCUCAACCAAUUGGGACGGAAGAAAAUCAACAUAUGACAUGCAGAGGAAAGGAGAUAAGAACUGUGUACACUGAGCAGUUUGAUUCUCUGGCGUUGCCCUUUGAGAAAUCAAAUGACCCCCAGGAGGUGUUGGAGAGGGAAUACAUGCAACAUGGAUGUGCACAUUAUAGGCGAAGGUGUCGUAUCAGAGCUCCCUGUUGUAAUGAAAUAUUUGAUUGCCGUCAUUGCCAUAAUGAAAUAAAGAAUAGUAUUUGUGUUGAUCAGAAAGAAAGACAUGAGAUCCCACGCCAUGAAGUCAACCAGGUUAUAUGCUCACUCUGUGGUACAGAACAGGAGGUUCGCCAAGACUGUAUCAACUGUGGUGUGUGUUUUGGAAAAUAUUUCUGCGAGAGUUGCAAGCUGUUUGAUGACGAUACCUCUAAGAAGCAGUAUCACUGUAAUGGCUGCGGAAUUUGUAGAAUUGGAGGGCGCGAGAACUUUUUCCACUGCCAUAAGUGUGGUUGCUGCUAUUCAAUUCUUCUAAAAAAUAGCCAUCCUUGCGUUGAAGGGGCAAUGCAUCAUGACUGUCCUGUUUGCUUUGAGUACCUAUUCGAUUCAACAAAUGAUGUUACAGUAAUGCCAUGUGGACACACCAUCCAUCAAAAUUGCUUGAAGGAGAUGAGAGAUCACUUCCAAUAUGCUUGCCCUCUUUGCUCCAAGUCCGUUUGUGAUAUGUCCAAGGUGUGGGAAAAAAUUGACAUGGAAAUUGCAGCUACGCCCAUUCCAGAGCCGUACCAAAACAAAAUGGUCUGGAUUCUUUGCAACGAUUGUGGUACGACGUCGAAGGUGCAGUAUCAUGUUGUGGCUCAAAAGUGCUUGAAUUGCAAGUCGUACAACACCAGACAGACCAGAGGCUAAACAGAUGUGCAUAUGAAGGCCAUAUUCUAUCAUCCUCCAGCUCUGAAAUGCCUUUAUCUCCAGCUACUUGAGCUCCCAUUUUCAUGCUGACCUUCGAGCCACACUAGUCAUUCUUGAGCGGUGGGGAAGACGAAGACGACGAUGACGUAGUUCUGCAGCCUCCUUCAAUGACAUCGCAUAUUUUUUAUCUUCUUUAUUUGGUUGAUAUCUUGUAUUCUACCUUUUCCUUCUCCAUCAUUCUAUUUGUUUGGUUGGUGUCUGUAUUGUUGUAUUUGUGUAUUUUUCCCCUCGCUCUGAAGGAAAGUAUUGCUUUGUAAUCUUAUGGUUAGUGAAUUGCAUUUCAUUUUAUUUGGUUUUUCA